AUGCCGACCACAAACACUGUCAGUCAGCCCACCGUCUGGCAACAGCAUCCAAGAUGUACUCGGCAAGGGCACUGGCAACUGCUAUUGGGAAUUGGUGGCGUCGUUACCAGCACCGGCCUCAUCUACGGCAUCCCUCCCUUUGAUGCAACUCCCACCACCUCUGUGCUCAUCAUCAACCCAUCAACAACAGCAACAGCAAUGACAGCGGCGGUGACAGCGGCAGUGGAUUACACGACCGCGAGGCGGUUGAGCCAUGUGGGCACCGCAGACGGCGGCGUGCUGGCUCACAACACCCUCCCUUGCGGGUGUGACCUGAUUGCAGCACGAGCACACCAGGCACCACCAUGCUUGGUGGGCUGCGACACGGCGGAUGCAAGUGGAUCAGCGGCGUGGCUGCGGACAAUGGCCUUUUCCUGCCACGGCAUUUCAUGCAACUCGCCAUCCAUCCUCAUCGUCGAUCCAGCCGCAAGUGCGGUGGACACAGCCAUGCUGUCCGUUCCUAGAAGUGGUACGGUGGUGAGUGCUGGCUGGCAACGACUUGCUGUCAUGUCCUCCUCGUUGAUCCGCGGUCCUGACACAGCGACGCGUUCCGUCCGCACAAACAGGAACAUCCUCGUCACCUUCAGGUCUGUGCAUGCGUCACGAAGUCUGCUCGCUCUGAUGCCAUGCGGAACCAUCUCCCCAAGCUGCACAACGGCAGGGACAUUGUGUUGGUGUGCGCGUGCCGGUGGUUUGGCGAAGAGCGCAUGGGCCGUGAGGGGGAAGGUUGGAUAUGACCCAUCGUGUAAGCAGGCAGAGGAAGAGUUCAACAAGUACACGUACACGGAGCUGGCGCUGGAGACCAAGUUUGGGCUCAUCGUGGAAGGAUUUGGCUAUCACCCCUUCAGAUCAUGGCUGCGGGUGCCAUCCCCAUCAUUGUCGUCAAUCACUACGUGCUGCCCUACCAGGACCUGCUGGACUGGGAGACGUUCAGCAUUCGCAUUCCCCGAGCACAGGCUCCUUGAGCUUCCGAGGAUCCUGCGGUCGAUCCCUGAUGAGGUGGUGGAGAUGAUGCAGAGACGCGUUGUGUUUGUGUUUGAGGAGUUCUUCAAGUCCCUCUCCACCCAAGUGCACACAGCGCUGGAGUCUGCCAGGAUCAACCUGUUCAGCGGCGACAACGCCUGA